GAGAAAUAAUAAUCUGAGUAUAAAGAAUGAGAGAAAUGUCUGUAAAUCACGAGAGCGCCAGGUCAUAGAACAACAGGCCGUCUCUCCUCCAAAAAAAUUCAAUCAGAUCCAUCCAUCACCCUACCUACAUUUCGUUAAUCCCAAUUUAUUUUCCGCCAUUGUUGCGCUUGUUUGAUUCAUCUCCACGUUGUUUUUUAUCAUUUUUUUCCCGGCGGAAGUUUGUUUGAAUUAAAGUUUUUUUUUUUUAUUUUUUUGAAGAUCUUUGACUCCCGAUUUUGGUUUUUGACUCUCUGGAUCAAUGGCGAGCGAAGAGCUCGCGGAGAUCGAAGGCCAGAUUUCGGAUAUUUUUCGAGCUCUUUCGAAUGGAUUCCAAAAAUUGGAGAAGAUUAAAGACUCCAGCAGGCAGAGCAGGCAGCUGGAGGAGCUCACGGACAAGAUGCGUGAAUGUAAGAGGCUUAUUAAAGAGUUUGACCGGGAGUUAAAGGACUCAGACUACAAAAAUGACCCCAACACAAACAAGAUGCUUACUGAGAAAAAGCAAUCGAUGAUCAAAGAAUUAAAUUCAUAUGUUGCUCUCAAGAAACAGUAUGCAAGUAAUCUUGAAAACAAGCGAGUUGAUCUCUUCGAGGGCCCAGGUGAAGGAUUUGUAGAAGAGAAUGUGCUACUUGCUUCCGAUAUGAAUAAUCAGCAGCUAAUGGAUCAUGGGAAUCAGAUGAUGGAUGAAACGGAUCAAGCAAUUGACCGAGCAAAAAAGGAUAGUGAACCCACAAAACAAAGAUAUUCGAGAUAUACCAGGAUUAGCUCCUCCAGCUCCCGCCCGGAAAUUACUAUGGAUUUCUGA